AUGACAAUCCAACAGGGCUUCGCCAUUCGCCGUAAUGGCUCCUGUCUCGCCGCUGACAUCGAGCGUGAUUGCGGUCUGAAGACGUUCCCGUUCCGAGCCUGCUGCCCUAUUGCAUACGAGUGUCAGAACAUUUACAACAGCGACUGCUGCCCUACUGGCAGAAACUGUACCGAGGAGUUACUGGCUGCUCCAAAACAAGUCUGUGCCAACUCCUCGUGGGACCUCCUCGACAAUGGUGGAUAUUUCUGCUGCGAGUCUGGUUCCACUGGUUUCAAUUCCAACGGCAAAAACUUGUGUGCAAGCCCAGGGGCCUUCCUACCCGCAUCAGUCCAGUUACUGAGGCCGAUUGUGACAGGCGCGACUGACUCCUCUUCCGGCAAUGCAUCAGCAUCCCCAACACCAACAGCCACUAUUGCAGGGAGUAUUGCUGGUGGUAUAGCUGGCCUAAUGAUAACCGGAAUCGCAAUCUGGGUCAUCUUGCGUUGGAGACAACGACAAAAGGCUAGGAAGACUAAAGAGCAUGAGGACCCAGAUAUAUGCACGAAGGCCCAACUCGACGACACGUCAAGGGUACACGAGGCAGCGGAUGACGCGAAGUUCUCUCGCGCUCAAGUCGAGGAACUACCUGCGCUCUUCCCGCCGGUCGAACUGCCUGCGUCGUCUGCACCAACUGAGCUGGCUGCUGAGCACCAAGAUCGAAUGGAAAGAUGA